CCUACAGCACCAUCAGGAUAACCGUGGACCACAUUUGGGUGAUUUGUCUCAGAAGGCCACUGCACGGGAUUUAUACGACCAGACCGCACUCAGUUCACCAUGCAGAGACCGAGCGGUCCAGGCACGGCGUUUUCCAUUGAUUCUUUGAUUGGCACUCCACAGCCCCGGCCGGGCCACCUGCUCUACACGGGCUACCCGAUGUUUAUGCCGUACCGACCGUUUAUGAUUCCACAAGCCCUGUCUCAUUCGUCAUUACCGUCGGGCAUCCCUCCCUUGGCACCGCUGGCAUCGUUCGCGGGGCGCUUGACGAACACUUUUUGCGCGGGGCUGGGGCAGGGGAUGCCCUCCAUGGUGGCGCUCACCACCACCCUGCCCAGUUUCUCGGACCCUCCAGAUAGUUUCUAUGCCCCGCAGGAGAUGCCGGGACCACGGUUAGGCGCGGACGGGACGGGGAUGAACCGGCAGGAGAGCCCGCAUGACGAACUCAAGGGCUCUGAACUCCUCAAUUUCACGGAAACUUUUCAGGCGGUUGCAGGCGAAACCAAACUCUACAGUUCAGAUGAUGAGAAACUGGACCUGAAAUCAGCGGAGGCAGCGUGCAGUGACAGGGAGGACAGUUCAGCCGACAGCGAGAACGAGAGCUUCUCCGACGGGAACACCUGCGCUUCAGCGUCCCAGAAAAGCAAACUCAAAGGCGGCUCACAGGACGCGUUACCGCCGGGCGGCUCGGCGGGAAAGAGCCGGAGGAGGCGGACUGCUUUCACUAGCGAACAGCUGCUGGAACUCGAGAAGGAGUUUCACUGUAAGAAGUAUCUGUCCCUCACCGAGCGCUCUCAGAUCGCGCACGCACUCAAACUCAGCGAGGUCCAGGUCAAAAUCUGGUUCCAGAACCGCAGGGCCAAAUGGAAACGGAUCAAAGCCGGCAACGUCAACAACAGAUCCGGGGAGCCCAUCAGGAACCCCAAAAUCGUGGUGCCCAUUCCCGUGCACGUCAACAGGUUCGCGGUGCGGAGUCAACAUCAACAGAUCGAACCGGGCAGCAGGCCAUGAACUCCUCAAUGAAAAUGACCCUGAACUCCUCAAACGAACAUUUACAUGACCCACGUUCCCACAGGUCAGGGGUCACACGCUACAGAUGCAUGAAGCACAGACCAUUCCAGCAUCUAGAAUGAUAUUCAGUGACUUUUAGGUAACACUUUGUCGACUUUCAUCAAUUCAAAACACGAGGCCUAUUCAGUGCUUAACGGGUCAUUGGUUUAUAUAUAGGCUAGCCUACAUUCAAUUCUGAAUAGCCAAUAUGAAUCAAAGUCUAUGAUAUUUGAACGUAGGCUAACACAUGACCUGUUAAGCAUUUGAUAUUUUUUGAAAGUUAUUAUAAGGUGUUACCGACUUUUAUAUCUGUUCAAUAUCGACAUUACGUUCAGGUUUGUUCUUUUCCUUCUCUCCCCUAAAAUGUCUUUAUUUUUAAUUUAUUACUUUGUACAUUUGUAAAUAUUAAAUGUGUCCAUGCGACACAAAUGUGCACUAUACGAGACUGUAAAGAUAAUUUUUUUUUAAAAAUAAGUAUUUAUAAGUUGCUGUCUAGUGAGUUUUUGCAUGUUGCCAUUUGUCUAAUUUUCCCGUAUGAUUUUAACGGGCCGUU